CGGUUGGGUUGAUCCGUUGAUGGAUUAAACAAAAUCAUAUUUAGUAAAUUGUCCCUUUCAGUUUUCGUCUCUUUUAGAAAUUCGUCUGAUCAAGUUUCGCACUUGGCUUCUUCAACAUUUCUGAUAGCAAGAGGAGACAAUGGAUGAAUUGCCAGACCAUUUAGUUUUGGACAUUCUAGGGAAGCUUGAGAAAACCAAUGACAGAAACUCGGUUUCCUUGUCUUGCAGGCGUCUAUACUCGUUGGACAACGAGCAAAGAUACUCUCUGCGGAUUGGCUGCGGAUUAGUUCCUGCGACCGAUGCCUUGCUUUCCCUCUGCAGGAGGUUUCAGAAUCUGUGGAAAGUAGAGAUCGUGUACUCUGGUUGGAUGUCAAAGCUGGGGAAACAACUUGACGAUCAAGGCCUUGUCGUACUCUCCACCAGCUGCACUUCCCUCGCUGAUCUCACUCUUAGCUACUGCACAUUCAUCACCGAUGUUGGCAUUCGUCAUUUGUCUUCCUGCUCAGAGCUUUCUUCUCUCGAGUUGAAUUUCGCUCCAAGAAUCACCGGCUGUGGCGUAUUGUCGCUUGCAGUUGGCUGCAGGAAACUCAGGAGACUUCAUCUCAUUCGAUGCCUAAACGUGGCAAGUGUAGAGUGGCUGGAGUAUUUCGGAAAGCUUGAGAUUCUAGAAGAACUCUGCAUCAAGAACUGCAGAGCGAUUGGGGAAGGUGAUUUAACCAAGCUUGGAAAUAGCUGGCGGAAGCUUCGAAUUCUGGAGUUCGAGGUUGACGCCAGUUACAGGUAUAACAACAAGGUCAAUGAUCAAUUAGCUGUGGAACACCACAUGGUUCCCUGUGAUAGUCUGGUGGAGCUCAGUCUUGGGAACUGCAUCAUAGCUCCAGGUAGAGGGCUCGCUUGUGUUCUGAACAAAUGCAAGAACCUGGAGAAGCUUCAUCUGGACAUGUGUGUCGGUGUCAGCGACUCGGACAUUAUAACUUUGGUCCAGAAGGCUAAACACCUCAGAAGCAUCUCACUCCGUGUGCCAUCCGAUUUCACUCUGCCUCUCCUAAACAGCAUCACCCCAAGGUUAACCGAUGAAAGCCUCAUUGCCAUAGCUCAACACUGCUCAAAGCUCGAAUCUUUCAAGGUCUCCUUCUCAGACGGUGAAUUUCCUUCCCUCUCCUCUUUUACCCUCCAGGGGAUAAUCGCUCUGAUCCAGAAAUGCCCUAUUCGGGAGCUUUCUCUUGACCACGUAUGCUCUUUCAGCGACAUGGGCAUGGAGGCUCUGUGUUCAGCUCAGAAUCUAGAGAUCUUGGAGCUUGUCCAAUGCCAGGAAGUGAGCGACGAGGGGUUGAUUCUGGCGAGCCAGUUCCCUUGUCUCGCUGUGUUGAAACUAUCAAAAUGUCUCGGAGUCACAGACGAUGGAUUGAGACCACUUGUUGGAUCACAGAAGCUUGACCUGCUUGUGGUCGAGGAUUGUCCUCAGGUCUCAAGAAGAGGUGUUCAUGGUGCUGCAACGUCUGUAUCUUUCAGGCAGGAUUUGUCAUGGAUGUAUUGAGAUCUCUCCUUUAUUCGCUCGCUAACAUAUAUCUUUACAUUAGUACAAACUACAAUACUGCUCUGUCAAGUGUGAGAUUGUUUGGCCUUGCUGGUCAGAAAUUACUAAUGCCUCGUGUAGAUGGCACGUGUGUGUCCUAGAAUUACGUCAUGCAAGUGGUGUAUUUUACCCCGUGUGGGCUCUAUGGAUGACGUAGUGGUGG